CACAAUCCCCCCUCAACUGUUGGAUCCCACGCGAAAUGUUCAUAAGAACGCUAACGAUACAGGGCUUCAAAUCCUACCGUGAUCAGGCUCAGAUUGAAGAAUUCUCACCGAAACACAACGUCGUGGUGGGCAGAAAUGGUUCUGGGAAAAGCAAUUUCUUCGCAGCCAUUCGAUUCGUCCUCUCCGAUGCCUAUACUUCCAUGACAAACGAAGAACGACAAUCUCUUCUGCAUGAGGGCGUCUCCGCGACCACAACACUUUCUGCAUACGUUGAAAUCGUCUUUGAUAAUUCUGAUCAACGCUUUCCAACUGGGAACGAUACCGUGAUCCUUCGCCGGACUGUAGGACUUAAGAAGGAUGAAUACUCCCUGGAUAAAAAAAGUACCAACAAGGCCGACGUUAUGAACUUAUUAGAAAGCGCAGGCUUUAGUAAAAGCAACCCUUAUUAUAUCGUGCCUCAAGGACGUAUCACUGCUCUUACUAAUGCUAAAGAUCACGAAAGACUUGCUUUGCUUAAGGAAGUUGCAGGAACUAAGGUGUAUGAGCAGCGUCGAGCCGAAUCAUUGAAAAUAAUGGCCGAAACAGACGCCAAACGUACCAAGAUUAGCGAACUCCUCGAAUAUAUCGAAUCGCGAUUAGAAGAGCUGGAGGAGGAGAAAGAAGAGCUAAAAGAGUUUCAGGAAAAAGACAAAGAGCGGCGCUGUCUGGAAUACGCUCUGUAUCAACGCGAGCUGCUAGAUGUAGGUGAAGCAUUGGAGGAAUUAGAAGAAGAGAGGAAGAGUGAAGUUCACGGAGCCAAUCUUCGUAGAGAAAAAUGGAACGAAAGAGAGAAAGAAGUUCAGAAUCUCGAAAGAGCCCUCUCCGAAGCGAAACACGAUCUCGAAGCCUUGUCUCUGGCUCGCCAGGACGUUCAAUCAGAAUUAACCGACUCAAUCCGAUCUCGUACUGAACUUCGAUGUGUUAUAGAUGACCUUCGCAACGCCGGUGUAAGGGAAGGAGGUAGACGCGUAAAUCUCGAGACAGAGCUUACCAAAAUCAAUUCCGACAUUGCUGACCGCCAGGGGGCUCUUGCUGUAUUGCUCCCUGAUUGGGAAACGCGUCGUGCCACUGAAGCCACCGAAAAACGCAAGCUCGAUGAGACAAAUGGACAGCUGCAGGCUCUAUACGCGAAAGCUGGACGCGCUACCCGAUUUCGAACCAAGGCCGAACGCGACAAGUUUUUAAAGCAAGAAAUUGAAUCUAUGAAAACCCAUCGUCAAACACAAGAACAUAAUCUACAGUUCAGUCGCUCUCAGAUUGAGGAGACUAAACGCUCUGUUGUCGAGCUCGACCAACAGAUCCUCGAUGUACAGAAGAAAAUUGAUGACGGUCGACAACGCGUCACAGAUCUAUCCGAGGAACAUUCCCGUCUACGAGAGCAGCACUCCAAAUUAAUCGAAGAACGCAAAGAUCUGUGGAGGGAAGACACAAAGUUAGAGAGCUUGGUCGGUCGGGCUGCAGAUGAGAUGCGAACAGCUGAGAGGCAGCUGGCUAGCAUGAUGGAUAAAGAUACUGGUAUGGGUCUGCGAGCCGUCGACAAAAUUGCAGAACGGCAUCGCCUUACAGGCGUGUAUGGUCCACUAUAUCGGUUGUUUGAAGUGACCGACCACAAGUUCAACAUUGCCAUCGAGCUCACUGCCGGAAACAGCCUGUUCCACGUUGUGGUUGACAGUGACGAAACCGCUUCCAAAGUUCUUGAUGUCAUGCUCCGAGAUAAGACGGGUCGAGUAACGUUCAUGCCUAUUAAUCGUCUUAAACCAAAGAAUCCACCGCUUCCCAACAAUGGCGACGCCAUCCCGAUUCUCGAUAAACUCCGCUACGACGAUGUUCACGCGAAGGCUUUCCAACAAGUAUUCGGAAAGACCUGCGUAUGUAAAGACCUCACCGUUGCCGCUGCAUACGUCAAGAGUCAUGGUAUCAACACUAUCACCCUCGAUGGCGACAAAGUUGAUAGGAAAGGUGCUCUGACCGGCGGAUUUCACGAUAUUCGACGUUCGAGGAUCGAAGCCAUCAAAGCUGUUACCUCUUGGCGAACAAAAUACGAAGAAGACACAAAAAAAUCGAAGGAGACCAAAACCGCCAUUGUCGAAUACGACCAGAAGAUCACUCAGCUUGCUGGGAAAAUGUCUGUGUUAAGUGCCCAACAAAACCAAAUCCGGGAAGCGAGAGAACGUCUCCUUGCGGAGGGUGUCAUGUUAACCAAGGAGAAAGAGAAACUUUCGGGUCGUUUAGUGAAGUUAGAGAUUGAUGUACAGGAACUAGAGGCAGAGCUUGCUUCCCUGCAUACAAAACACACUGGUUAUGAAGCCGAGCUCAAGACACCUAUGAUGCAGAGCCUUUCUGCUGAGGAACAAAAACUUAUCGAAACACUAGGUGUCGAAGUAGAGCAGAAAAGGCGAGAACUUGUGGAACUGGCCAAAUCCAAAACCUCCCUGGAAAGUAGAAAAAACGCUAUCGAAAUCGAAUUGAAUGAACGUCUUCUCCGUCGCCGAGAAGAGAUCCAGACGCGUAUUGACCUUUUAGCAGAGCCAGAAGCUAGUGAUACGGCAGACGACCUUGAAGCCCGAUUGAAAGAGCUCGAGUCCCUCGACCACGCUAUAACUUCUUGGACAAAGAGAAGUCAAAGCAUGGAAAAGGAGACCGACGAUAUUUCGAACAAAGUUCAAACCCUCAUAAAAUCGCUAGAGGAAGUACAAUCUCAGCAAUUGGAUGAUGGUCGGAACAUAACCAGGCAGCAAAAGGUCACUGAACGCUAUCUUGCCAAAAGACAAAUGCUGGUGGGGCGAAAGGAUGAAUGUAGUCGCAGUAUCCGAGAUCUAGGUGUACUGCCUGAGGAAGCAUUCGAAAAAUACACGAAUGAAAAACCUGACCGCCUUGUUCGCAAACUACACACCGUUAGCGAGGGGCUGAAAAAAUUUGCUCAUGUCAACAAGAAAGCUUUUGAACAGUAUAACAACUUUACCAAGCAGCGCGAUCAACUUUUGGAACGACGAGAAGAUCUGGAAAAUUCCGCUCAGUCGAUAGAAGAACUCGUAGAAGUCUUAGAUCAGCGAAAAGAUGAAGCUAUCGAGCGAACGUUCAAGCAGGUUGCAAGCAAUUUUGAAGAAGUGUUUGAGAAACUCGUUCCAGCAGGUCGCGGUCGCCUUAUCAUUCAACGUCGCAUUGACCAAGAUGAAGAUGCUGAAGAUGGAAAUGAAGCCCAAGCUAGUUCUAUUGAUAAUUACACCGGCGUAUCCAUCAAGGUUUCAUUCAAUUCCAAAGUUGAUGAAGGACUCAGAAUACAACAGCUAUCUGGAGGACAGAAAUCCUUGGUAGCUCUUGCUACUGUUUUUGCUAUACAGAAGUGCGACCCAGCUCCGUUCUACCUUUUUGACGAAAUUGACGCUAAUCUGGAUGCACAAUACCGAACCGCGGUCGCCUCCAUGAUCCAAUCCCUCUCAUCUAAGGCGCAAUUUAUUGUCACCACUUUUCGACCGGAGAUGUUAGUGACCGCCGAUAAAUUUUACGGUGUGCUUUUCAACAACCAGAAGGUUUCCUCCAUUCGUCCUAUCAAACGUGAAGAGGCAAUGGAAUUCGUUGACCAGGAAGCGCAAGCACGAUGAAUUUCCGAUGACGCUGUCUAUCUUUAUAUUGCUUUCUGUAGCUGUAAAUGUACUAAUAGUUGUUGUAGCUCCUAUGUACUACGUACGCCGUCACGCGGUUCACUGCUUGAGUUCUCUUUCUCAUCCAGCUUCUACCCUCUUUCUACCUCAGAUUACAUUUUGCUCGCACUUAUUACACAAAAUGCUUGUGUAACCGUAACCUACGGUCUCAAGCGGCCUCCGACGCUUAAGGUGAGAAUACAAGAAACUACAUUGAAAAUGACUCAUGUUCGUUACCUCCUCGUCUAUACCUCCACCUCGU